AUGAAUAGACUUGUUGAAUCUGUUGAUUUAUCAACCACGACUCCAGCGUACUAUGCCCCGGCAACAAUUACCCGCACUGGGUCGCUCGUACACGUCUCCGGCUUGCCGGGUGCUAUGAAAGAUGGGCAGGUGCCCACGAAUUACGAGUCUCAAAUUCACCUGGCUUUGCUCAACCUACGAAAAGUCAUCAUUGCCUCUGGAACGACUGUAUCGCACAUCGCAAGUAUUACGCUCUACAUCGUCGACUACGAUGCUACGAAGCGACAACAUGCCCGUCACAUUCAACGGUUCUUGGGGAAGCACCGUCCUGCAAUGACACUUGUUCCUGUGCAGAAGCUGGCAGCUCCAAAUUGGUUGAUCGAGAUCAACGCAGUGGUUGCUCUACCGGAGGUCUCUACGAUUCCACGAAUCAUCCCCUCCGUUCAACAGUCUUAUGAUGUCGUCAUCAUCGGUGCGGGGCUCGCGGGCCUCUCGGCUGCUAAAAGAAUACAGAGCGCCGGCCUUACUUGCGUGGUCUUAGAGGCCCGCGACCGUGUGGGCGGCAAGACCUGGAGCCAGCCGAUGGAGAAUGAGGGUGCUAGUGGAGUGUUCGACCUCGGAGCAGCCUGGAUCAACGAUACCAACCAGAGCAGAAUGUACGAGCUGGCGAAAAAGUACGGCGCCGAGUUGAUUGAACAAAAUACCAGCGGGAAUUGUGUGCUCCAAGAAUUCGACGGCAAAUGUGUUCCCUUUCCGUAUGGGGAGUUGCCCAUGUUCGACGCGUUAACCCGCGACCACUUAGCCCAAAUCCGCGACAUGGUCGAAGCUGAUUGUCAAGCACUGGACACUUUCAGACCCAAAGAUGCUACCCUUGAUUCGCUGACAUUCGAAGCGUAUUUGAAGUCCCGAGGUGCCAAUGACACUGCGUUGGCCACAGCCACAGUGUGGACAAGAGCUAUGUUAGGCCAGGAGCCUAAAGACAUAUCGGCACUUUACUUUCUCAACUAUUGCAAGUCCGGCGGCGGCCUGUUGCAAAUGCGCUCAGAUCGAAAACAUGGAGGACAGUUUUUGCGCGUUCGCCAAGGCACCCAGCUGUUCUCCAAGGGACUAGCGUCGUCCUUACCAGAGGAGACUGUUCGCCUAUCGAGCCCUGUUCAAGCACUCGUCCAGGAUGGAAACCGAUCUGUGAGAUUGGAAGCUAGUGGGAUCCUUUACAACGGUAGAAAGGUUAUCACGACAGUACCUGGUCCGGUUCUCAAGACGAUGUCCUUCACUCCAAGCCUGCCGCAAGCGAAGAUAGCCUGGGUCGAAUCCCAGACCUACGGUUAUUACACCAAAGCCAUGAUGGAAUUCCGAUCACCGUUCUGGAUUUAUAAGGGCUUCUGUGGUUUGGCACAAUCUUUCAUCGGCCCGGCAUCCGUAAUUCGCGACACGAGUAGUCCUGCUGACGGAAAGUUCGUUCUGACAUGUUUCAUGGCCGGCGAGCCUGGCAAGGCUUGGGCAACUCUGCCAACUGCUGAACGCGAGAAUAAUCUUCUUGCCCAGAUUGGUGAACUAUUUGGAAAGAAAAAUAUUCGUGGAGAAUUUCUACGUAUGGUUCUUUUCGAAUGGGUUGACGAUGAAUUUUCUGGAUGGGGUUGCCCAUGCACGUCUCUCCCACCCGGAGUCCUUGAUACCCUGGGCGCCGAUGCACUGAGACAAUCGGUAGGAAGUCUUCAUUUUGCUGGCACAGAAACGGCAGGAGAGUGGAAGGGUUAUAUGGAAGGCGCUGUGAGGAGCGGAGAACGAGCUGCAGCAGAAGUUGUUGAGAGCCUGAAGUCUGAUGUUGCGCCACGUCUUUAG